AUGGCGUCUGCUGGUCUUGAGGCUUCGGAUAUUCUGAAGAAAUGUAAGGAUAAGGACCAUGACAGGCCUCAGAAAUCUAUGUCCUCGGAUGAUGAUAAGUUGGUUGUCAGUCAGGCAGGAGCCAGUGACAUCACUUCACGCAUCACAACUGAUACUAACACCAUGAGUGAAGCCUUGAGUGAGCGACUGAGCUUGUUGAUGUGGUAUUUCAUGAGAUCUGCCUUCCUUCUCGCCUUCAUGUUUGGCUUGUCCUGGAACCUGUCUGUAUUCACCAUCAUUGGGCUCCCUAUCAUUAUGGUUAUUCCAGAACUGUCUGGAAAGUUCUACCAGAUAUGCAACAGAAAUCUUGCCAAGGAAGUACAAGAGUUCUUGGCCAAGGCCAAUGAUGUGGCAGUGGAGACCUUCUCCUCCAUAAAGACAGUGCAGAGCUUUGCUAAUGAGGAUGGUGAGGCUGAACGCUACAGCAAAAAACUGCAAGAAACAUACAAGCUGAACAAGAAGGAGGCAGUAGCCUAUGUAGGAUUCAUGUGGACCAACAGUUUGUCAAGCCUGGCUUUGAAGGUCAGUAUCUUGUACUACGGAGGCCGUCUGGUGAGCCAUGGUGAUGUUAGCAGUGGAGAUUUGGUAGCAUUUGAUCUGUAUGAAAUGCAGUUGUCGUAUGCAGUGGAAGCUCUGCUAUUAGUGUAUCCCAAUGUGAAGAAGGCAGUAGGGGCAUCAGAGAAGAUAUUUGAAUACAUGGACAGAACACCCAAGAUAUCUAGGAUUGGAACACUAGCUCCUGAGUCACUUACAGGCCACAUUGAAUUCAAUAAUGUGUCAUUUUCUUAUCCCAACAGAUUGGAUACUGUAGUAUUAAAGAAAAUAUACUUUGAAUUGAAGCCUGGAGAGAUUACAGCAUUGGUGGGACCUUCCGGUGGUGGAAAAUCAACUUGUGUUUUCCUGCUAGAGCGAUUCUAUGAUCCUGUGUCUGGUGAGAUUCUUCUUGAUGGAACGCCAGUGGAUGAGUAUGAACACAAGUAUUUCCACAGUAAGGUUGUCCUUGUGAGCCAGGAACCAGUGCUGUUUGCUCGUUCAGUGGAGGAAAACAUUGCUUAUGGAUUAGAAAAGACUUCUGAAGAUGCCAUUGUUGCAGCAAAACAAGCAAAUGCACAUGCCUUUACCUCUACUCUGAAGGACGGAUAUGAGACAGGUGGGAAAAAGAAAGCUCUCUACAAUGGUGAACAGAAGAAGAAUAUCUUAGUUAUAGCCCACUGCCUGAGCACUGUAAAAGUGGCUAACAAGAUUAUUGUUGUGGACAAAGGAGAGAUCGUAGAACAAGGAACUCAUGAACAGCUGCUAGAGAAAAAAGGAAAGUAUUUUCAGCUAGUGGAGAAGCAGUUCCAAGGGUAUGAGAAGAAUUCUGAAAACACAGAACUGUGUGAGUCGAAUGAAGAGUCUUAA